CUUAUUAUUGAGCAAACAAAAGAAGAUAUUCGUUGACAAAAUUAGGACUACCCCCUUUCGCUCCCACCUAGUAAGGGGAAAUUAAUAAAAUUAUUACAAAAUAGCAAUGUCAGCUAACAGCGAUGCCGCAACAGCAGCUCCAGAAGACUGCUUUGACAUUGAGAAGGUGGCAAAAAUAUUCGAAAGAAGUCUGAUUGAUGUGGACGACGUACGCAUGGACGACUAUCUGGAGGCUUAUGAGGAAAUCAUGAAGUUCUUCCUGUUAAUGGGCAGCGUAUUUACGUUUGUCAGCAGCGAUGUGCGCAACAAAUUGGACAUUUUGUACGAAUUACGAAAGAAAGAUGUCGACGAGCUGAAACACUUUGAUACCAUCAAAACGAUGUUGUUGUAUGAGAAGGAAGAAAGUUUGCUGCUCCACAAAGGCUACGUGUCAGGCAGUCGUACCUUAUUGCGACUACAUCGGGGUCUGGAGUUUGUGUACGAGUUUCUGAAUCGUCUGCAGACUGUGGCUGAUAACGAGAAGGCGCACAAUGUUUGCAAGUCCGCCUACAACGAUACACUGGCUAAGCAUCACCCAUUUCUCAUACGCAAAGGUGCCCAGGUGGCCAUGUAUACAAUCCCCACGCGUGGCGAUCUCCUGAGUCGAGUCUGUCACAACAUGGAUGCGACUCGUGCCAUGGAACUGUUGCCGGAUAUGCUGAAGCAGAUGCGCACAGCUUACGAUCGCACAGAUGAACUCUACUCACUGCACGAAUUGCACAAUUUGCCUUAGAAUCUAUGCUAUAUUUAUGCAAAUCUCUAGACCAUUAUUUCAUGUGUGUUUUGUUUAUUUAUUCACCCAUUUAUUGCAUUCCAAAUGCUUGAUUGUAUUUAUUGCCUUGCCACUGGCUGUGCCCGUUUCAUGAAUCAAUUUUAAAUGUUAUUAGAAC